AUGAUGUUUGGAUUGGUUCUCAUGCAAUUGUGCCUGUGUUUCCCAUUGAUCAACUCGCUCACGUGUGCUCAAACGGAUGAUGAGGGCCACACCCAACUCCACUCGAAUCCGAUGUGGCGCUUCUGUGUCCUCAUCACGGCUGCAAAUGAUCGACCAAAAGGAAUCGCUUACGGUUUGGUGGAUUUGCCGGUGAUCGAACGAGAAGUCGAGAUUGAUAUCUACAAAAUGGCAUUCGAGAGAAAUACUGAACAACAAUCGAUUCUAUCGCUGUGUUUGCUGGAGCGCUACAACGGCACGUACAAAUCUCCGAAAACCGAGUACAUUUUCCGUUGCGUUUGCAAUUCGGAUCGUUGCAAUCGACACUCGAAUCUGCACACGUUCAUCAAAGGACUCAAACAUGAUAAUCCA